AUGGCCCCCCACCCCAACGCCUUAGGAAGAGGAGGAGCCCGUUUGCAGCUUGGUGGCAACCGGACAGCCGACGACGAUGACAAACGAGAGAUGGAUGCCGCCGUCAGCGAGGAACAGAAGAAGCAGCGUGAGGAGCUCGAGAAGGCUCCCAUGCGGGCAGAGCUGAAGCAUCUCGAGAGACGAUGGACCAAGAAGAAUAUCGGGUACAUCACCGAACCCACCGAUGAAGAUAUCCCUGAGCAGAACACAAACUGGUACGAGAAGUACGCGCUCUGUGUCAUCCACCAAUACAGCGUCAAAAAUGAAUUCAUCGCCCGCUCAUUUUUGCAUGUCAACUCUCCCUCCCUCAAGGCUAUCCUCAAGGAAGUGAUCGGAGACCGCUAUCCGGGGCAGUCCUACCUCACCUCGGACAUCACUGUCGAGUUUCCUGCGCACAGCAUCUAUCACUACCGCCACGAGCUCGCGGCCAAGGCCAAGGACUUGGAGCCGGGGUCGGAAAGCGCCCGGCACCUCCCGAUCCUCCUUGACUUCAUCAACGAACAGUUCAAGGAUACCAUCAAGAAUACGGCGAACCUUCUCGAGCAGGGGCUGAUGACCUACGGGGACCUCUGGGCCAUCCUCCGCCCGGGAUGCCUCGUCUACAGCAAGCGCCUCGGCCAACACCGGGUGUAUAGGCUGAAGAAGUACACGUACCUCACCGGCAUGUGCCCAGCCCUUCAGCUCGAUCUAGAGCAUGUCGACUUCGACGGCAAACAGUUCGGCACUCGCCAUGCGAUCCUCGGCGUCCGCCAGUUCAGCGGCGCGGUGCCGAUCAUCUCGCUGAUGGUCUUCCCGCUCGACAGCCACCCCGACCCCGCCGGUGUGGUCGACCUCGCCACGCAGCGCGGUCGGCGCUGGGAGUCGCUGGCGGGACAGAACUUCCGCAUGUACAAGGGCCUGGCAUUCGGUGAAAAGCUCGAAAAGGCCGGUGAUCAAAGAAGCAAGCACAACAUCAGCGGGCGCGUGAUGAUCGAUACCGCCACGCACCACCGCAUCUGCGCGGACGAUGCCUACAGCGUCACCGCGUUCCUCGAGGCCAACGAACAGGAGCGGAAAGAAGUGCCUGGCAGCGAUGAGCCGGAGCUCGUGUCCCAGGAUGCCGUCAAGUUUGCGCCCCUCACGGACGAGCAGGCCAUGCUCGCCACCUCCAUGGUCCGCGGCUUCAGCUUCAACGAGAAGAAGUUCUUGGACUUCUUUGUGGAUAAGAUUAGCGACAUCGAGUGGAACACGCGGUGCUUCGAGCAGCUCGUCCUCCCCGAGUCGCAGAAGGAGUUGGUGCAGGCGCUCGUGGCGGAGCACACCGCGUCCACGUUUGAUGACAUUGUCCAGGGCAAGGGCAAGGGAUUGAUCCUCGUCCUCCACGGGCCUCCGGGCGUGGGCAAGACGCUGACGGCGGAGUGUGUUGCCGAGUUCAGCCGUCGUCCUCUGUACAUCGUCUCGUCGGGCGACCUCGGCACCGCGGCCGAGACGCUGGACGAGAGGCUGAGCAAGACGCUCGACCUGGCCAGCACGUGGAAGGCCGUACUCCUCAUCGACGAAGCGGACGUCUUCCUCGAGCGGCGCUCGCUGCACGACUUGGAGCGGAACAGCCUCGUGUCCAUCUUCCUCCGCACGCUUGAGUACUACUCGGGGAUCCUGUUCAUGACGACGAACCGGGUGCGGACGUUCGACGACGCCUUCAAGAGCCGGAUCCACGUGCCGCUCAAGUACGACGGUCUGUCCAAGGAGAGCAGGCUGAAGGUGUGGAAGAACUUUCUGGCCAAGGUCGAGGGCGGCGUCGAUGUCGACGAGGCCGGGUUGGAGAGGCUUGCCGAGGGGGAGCUGAACGGUCGGCAGAUCAAGAAUAUUGUGCGCACGGCGAAGAGUCUCGCGGCGCAUAAGAAGAGGAGGCUUGAUUGCAGCCAGCUGCAGCAGGUUGUUGAUAUCCAGAUGAACUUUGAGAGGGAGUUGAGUGAACUCAACGGCGACUUCGAUGUCGUCGAGCGGUAA